CUCUCACUCUAAAACCUCCAAAAAUAUACACAGAGAGAGAGAGAGAGAGAGAGAGAGAGAGAGAGGUUUUAGAGAGAGGGGUUUUAGAGAGAGAUGGGUUGGAUAUUGAGGGACAGAAGAGGUCAGGAAUGGAAACAAGGGUGGACAGAGCAAGCCCUAGCCUCAACACUUGAAAUUCCAAUGCCUUUACUGGUCAUGUUUUUUAUCACAGUCCUCUUAGUAUCUACUUCACAUUAUUUGGAUUACAAGUCAAGUUUGGGUCGACCCAUACUCAAUUUGCAGCUGUUUCUCAUAGUAGUGGCUGUGUUGGUGAUCUUGUUGAUGCACCUGGUGAUAAUCAUCCGAGAACCAUGGUCACAGCAGCGGUGGGACGGCUCUCCUUGGUGCGUGGCGGCAGUCGUGUUCUUCCUUCUGGUUUUGGUGUCUUAUCAAUCAUCUUUUCAUUCUCAGUGGUAUAAACUCAUUUAGAAAUAGUACUGCUACAAUCACCGAAAUAUCCGAUUAUUGAAAUUACUGACUUCUUAUAGUUUGAAUUUAUAAUUACAAAUAUGAAAGUAGAAAUGCUAUGAGUCGUAAAAAACAUAGUUUGAAAUAAGGUGUAUGAUUUAAAUUUAAAUUUGUGUGAUGUGAACCUAUUUAAAAUGAUUGUAUUAUAUAAAUAUAUUUUUUCAAUUA